UUAUUGCAUUUUCGCAGGUGAAAUCCCGCGUACUGGUUAAUCUCCAAUGGGUAACACUGUCGUUGCUUCAGGUGCUCCUCCUCCUCCUAGUUCACCGUCGUCCUCUACUCCUGAUCCUCCAAAACGUAAUGACAAUCCGGGCACGUUUGAAGAAAUUCACAAGUCAACUAAGGAUGUCUUCCCGAAUUUUUUCGAGGGAGGACGAUUAAUGAUGCAGCGUGGCUUGAGUAAUCACUUCCAGGUCACGCACAUCAUAAACUUGAGCUCGACAGACCCGUCGGGCUAUCGCUUUGGUGCUACUUACGUUGGUUCGAAGCAGCUUGGCCCAGCCGAGUCAUAUCCCAUAUUACUUGGGGAUUGUGAUCCAAGCGGGAACGUUAGCGCAAAUCUGAUUCACCAGUUUGGUGAGAGAAUACGUGCCAAGGCGGCUGCACAGAUUCAGCGCUCGAAAUAUCAGGCUACAAAGCUAGCCGCGGAUUACAUGGGCGACGACUUCACAGCCUCCAUUACUCUUGGAAAUAUUGAUGUUCUUAAGGGUUCAGGUGUUGUAGUGGGGCAUUAUCUACAGAAAAUUACCAAAUCUACCUCUCUGGGGAGCGAAAUAGCUUAUCAAUGUGGGCCUAUGAUCCCGGGUGGACAGCUGGCUGUAGUUUCUUUAGCUGCACGUUAUUCCGGAGAAAAGUGGACAGCGAGCGGAACAUUAGGAGGCGCAGGUGUCCACGCAUGUUAUUAUCAGAAGUGCUCAGACCAGCUUCAGAUGGGCGUGGAGUUCGAGACCAAUACGCGGGCGCAGAAGUGCGUGGCUUCCAUCGGAUACCAAGUCGACAUCCCGCGAGCUGAUCUGGUUUUCCGAGGUGUUGUCGACUCCGAUUGGAACAUUGGGAGCACGUUGGAAAAGAAGCUCAGCCCUUUGCCGUUUACACUUGCCUUAUGCGGGCAGUUCAGCCACACGGAGAACGUGUUCCGCAUGGGUUGUGCGUUUGUGAUCGGCUGAGCACUCUUAGAGAUUGUUGAGUUUUCGUUUCGAAUUUUUAGUCGGGUAUUCUGGGUGCAAUUCCUGCCUGGACUUGGUAAUACUAUCGUUUCUUUGAUUUUUUUUUUGCUGUUUCGUUGAACAAAGUUUUCUUGGAUAAAUUCUCGCUGAGAUUGUUAUCCACUUAUCUGUUUAUUACGCCCGUGGUGGCAUUCGAACGCUGGGAAGAUGGCAAACAAAAGACGUUCUGAGGAUAUAAAUGCUGAAGUCAUUUAUCCUCGUGUGGUGCACACGUUUGUAGUUUUCUUUUUCUGAGGGCGAAGUGGAUC